GAUCGAAUGUCACGUAUGAGACCUCUUCUUCAUCCUCGUAUUCUUCGUCGGGCCCAAAGGCUUCUACUUGCCUGUACCCUGGCACGAGCGAUUGAGCUGGCAUGUCGUCAAGCGUUGAAGUGUUUGGAACGCGGAGGCCAAACAAAAUAAUUCUAAAACACGUCUCGAUAGCAAAUGUCCUUCCGCCCUUCGGACGUCCUCAAGAAAAACCUCAGUUCAUCCUCGCGUUCAUGGCUGGUACGACAGGCUCGCGAUCCCUACGUAAAACAGCGUCUAGCUAGUGCAACCUCAUACCGCUCGCGUUCUGCUUUCAAACUCUUGGAAAUCGACAAGAACUGGGGUCGCUUCCUGUCACGAAACGAGAUAUGUGCUGUCGUCGACCUUGGCGCUGCUCCAGGCGGAUGGAGCCAGGUCGUCGCUGAAAAGCUCGGUUGGAUCAACCCAGCCAUGUCUGACGAAGACAUGGACAUCGCACCCAAUUUUGGUCUGAACGAAGGCGCGCGGAUCGACAAGUUCGGCUCGUGGAGCAGUACAGUCGGUAGAGGCGUCAUCGUCGCUGUCGACUUGCUGCCUAUAGCUCCCAUCCCUGGCGUGCAUACAUUGCAGAUGGACUUCUUAUCAUCCCAGGCGGCAGGUGCGGUCAAGAAUGCCCUGUCAGCCCCAGAAAAUCCUUCCGGGAUGGUGGAUAUCAUCUUGUCUGAUAUGGCUGCCAACUUCUCUGGGAAUAGAGUCCGUGAUAUCGAAAUGAGCCUCGAUAUUUGCCAUUCGGUCUUCCAAUUUGCAAAGGAUAAUUUACACGUCGUCGCCGCUGCAAGCGCAGGGACAAAGAAGCAACGUGGAGGGACGCUACUACUCAAGCACUUCGAACAUCCACUCUCGCGAGAAUUCCGCGAGAAGUAUCUGGACCCUAACUUCAGCUCGGUCAACUACAUCAAGCCCUCAGCGAGUCGAACAGGGUCUGCAGAAGGAUACUGGCUUUGUCAGGGGUGGAAGGGGUUGCAAUCACACUGACAUUGUUUCCACUCACCAGUGCUCGCAAAAUCAUUCGACCAGACAGCUACAGGAACAGACAUCGUUUUAUAUGUAUGUAUCAUACAGAAUAUAAUAAGCAUAUUUCAAUGGAUCAUCGACAUGUUAAGAGAGAAGCAGGGGAAACCAGGCGGAAAGCAACGUGAUAUCUUGCAGUUAAACCUGGGGAAAUCUGUGAGUAGAGUGACAUCCACAGGCGACUGGACCUUACAUAGCGAGGCGCUUAAGCACCGAAACC